AACCCCCUUUCUCUGUGCAAUGAAUUCCACUUCUCUUUAAAAAAAAAAAACAAAAAAAAAUCGAUAUAACGAGAAUAAUUAAUAAUGACACCACUUCAUUCCCCAAAAAUAAAUUCUUCCUCUUCAUCUUAUCCGAAUAAUCCAUCAAAAAAUCGUAAUAAACUUCGUUCAAUGUCUUUACAAAGUUUACCUUCACCACCACCAACAUUAAAAUCGUCACCAUUACAACCGGUUUCUUAUCCAGACUUACCAUCCGACCUAAAAAGAUGGUCAUCGUCUCAUGUAGCAUCCUAUCUAAAUUAUUGUUUACGUAUUUACCCCCCUGCAAUUGUAUCAGAUUUAUCUAGGCAUGUUGAAGAAAAUGUUACACUUACCGGAAGAAAAUUCUUAAGAUUAAAAGAAGAACAAUUGAGACAAAUGAAUUUUAAUGAAAAAUGGAUUAAAUUAGUUAUGGUUGGUGUCAAAAAUUUGAGAAGGGAUCAUUUAAAAGACAAAAUUCUUUUAAAUAGUAGUGAUAUCACUGGAAUGAAAAUUUCUGAAGAAUCUAGUGAUGAAUCUAGUGAUGAACAAUUUCCUUCUUUAUCAAGAAAUUCUUCUUAUUCUUCUACAACCGUGUCUAGUACCUCUUCGUUCUUAAAUAAUGACCUAAAAGAUUUUUUGAUUCCUACAUUUCCUAGUUUAACUUCUGAUGAUAAAAAAUUUAUUCGUCAAGAAUUUAAUAAAUUAAAAGAAUUUUUAAAAUCUGAUAUCGAGAGAGAUAAUAAUGAUAAUAAUACAAGUUUUAAAGAAUUGAAUCGAAUUAUUGAAAAAGCUAUUUCAAAUAUCGAACCGGAUCAAGAAGAAAAUGACAAAGUAGAUGAAGAGAAAUUUAAACAGAAGAAUUCAUUGAAGGGGACAAAUGCAUGGUUUUGGGCAAAGAUCGAGAGUGGUUUUGCACAAGGGGUUAUGAUUGGUGGUGUUGUUGUAUGGGCAUUUAUGAAAUAUUCUAAACGAUGAUUUUACGUUUUUUAAAUUUAAAAUUUUCUUAAAUGAUUUCAUAUUUUACAUACAUUAUGCCUAAGUUAAUCUCCUUUUUUUUUCGUUCAAUAUCUCUCAUUCAUUCAUUCUUAUCUCAUUUAUUCCUAUGUUCAUUUUUCACAUGUAAUAUAAUUACCAUCAUCUUAGUCUUUUUGUAAAGUGUUGAAUAUUCAUUUGAAUGAUAUAAAUUAAAUUGUGAACAAGAAUUAUUUUCAAGUACUUCGAUCUUUGUACUUGAUCUUUAGUUAGUAAUCGAUAUUUUACAAAAAAAAUGUUUAUAUCUAAUAAUAUGCAA